CAAGUUUUUCACAAAGGACUAUUAAAUUGUCUGUUUGUGGGAAGCUCAAAUGGUGACGAUGCGUGUAAAUGUAAGAGAUCUCAGAAACUUCCCAAAUGACCAUCAAUUGAGUAAAUAAUGGACAGAGAAAAACUGCAGGGACAUUGGACCAUAAUUCAAGCAGGACCGCCUGACUGUCUCCCCCUCAGCCCUCCCUCCUCUCACCCCGCUCCGCUCCGCUCAGAGAGUCCAGUCCGGGGUUUCCAGCGCAGACGCGCAGGAGUUGAGGACUCCUCACCAUAGUUAACGCUGCCCACUGAACCCCGCAUCUGUCCCGCAACUCCGCAGCAAGUGGACCGAGAGGGAGACUGGACUCGAACACAGAAGGGAUAAUCCCAACCGGUACCGAAACGACGGUCGCGUGCAGCAGCCCCGCGGGUUGAUGUGCGCUCAGAGAUGCAAGCCUCACUGCUCCUGCUCGUCUGCGUCCUGGCUGCCGCCGUUGGCCAGGAGCCUGACCACAGCCACGGCUGCGCCCAUGGCAGCUGUUACCCAGCAACAGGGGAUUUGCUGAUUGGACGAGAGAAGAACCUGAAGGCCUCAUCCACAUGUGGGAUGAGGAGAAAAGAGCCCUACUGCAUUGUCAGUCAUCUGCAGGAUGAAAAGAAGUGUUUCGACUGCGACUCCAGACGGCCGUAUGACCCUGUGUACAACACCAUCAAUCACCGGAUAGAGAACGUCAUCACUGCCUUCAAACCUCACCGCAAGAAGUCCUGGUGGCAGUCUGAGAAUGGAAAGUCGGAUGUCUUUAUCCAGCUGGAUCUGGAAGCAGAGUUUCAUUUUACUCACCUAAUUAUGACCUUCAAGACUUUCCGUCCGGCAGCCAUGCUGAUUGAGCGGUCAGCAGAUUUUGGUCGUACCUGGCAGGUUUACCGUUACUUUUCCCACGACUGCGCGACAACCUUCCGCGGAGUGUCCCAGGGUCCUUUGCGUAACAUUAAUGAUGUCAUCUGUGAGUCACGCUACUCUGACAUUGAGCCGUCAACGGAGGGAGAGGUUAUCUACAGAGUGUUGGAUCCAUCCAUCAGGAUUAUGGAUCCGUACAGCCCGAACAUCCAGAACCAGCUGAAGAUCACCAAUUUGAGAGUGAACUUCACCAAGCUUCACACUCUAGGAGACAACUUGCUGGACCCCAGAGCUGAAAUCAAAGAAAAGUAUUACUAUGCCAUAUAUGAGCUUGUCGUACGUGGAAACUGCUUUUGCUACGGCCACGCCUCGGAGUGCGCCCCCAUCGAUGGCAUCAGGGAUGAUAUAGAAGGAAUGGUUCACGGCAGGUGUGUGUGUAACCAUAACACCAAUGGUCUGAACUGUGAGCAAUGUGAUGACUUUUACAACGACCUGCCCUGGAGACCAGCUGAGGGACGAAACACCAACGCCUGCAAGAAGUGUAACUGCAAUAGCCACUCAAGUGUGUGUCAUUUCGACAUGGCGGUGUAUCUGGCCACUGGAAACAGCAGCGGAGGAGUGUGUGACGACUGUCAGCACAACACUAUGGGACGCAACUGUGAAAUGUGCAAACCUUUCUAUUAUAAAGACCCUUUUAAGGAUAUCAGGGACCCACGAGUCUGCAUAGCUUGUGACUGUGACCCAGAUGGGUCCCAGAAUGGGGGGAUGUGCGACAGCCACACGGACCCUUCUCUCGGCAUGGUUGGAGGUCAGUGCCGUUGCAAGGCCAAUGUGGAGAGUCCGCGCUGCGACAAGUGUAGGAGCGGCUUCUUCGGCCUGAGUGCUGACAACCCCCAGGGCUGCCAACCUUGCCGUUGUGACCAUAGAGGAACAGUGUCAGGAAGCUCUCAGUGCGACCCGGUCAGUGGAGACUGCUUCUGCAAGCGUCUUGUCACUGGACGCAGCUGUGACCAGUGUUUGCCAGAACACUGGGCUCUGAGCCACGACCUGAACGGCUGCCGAGGCUGCGAGUGUGAUAUCGGAGGAGCCCUAGACAACCACUGCUCCAUGGAGAGUGGUCAGUGUCGCUGCCGCAGUCAUAUGACAGGACGCCAGUGUACACAGGUGGAGUCUGGAUAUUUCUUCAUUGCGCUUGAUCAUUUCCUCUAUGAGGCUGAGCUGGCCAAAAUGGGGCAGGGCUCCAUGUUGGAGACGAGGGAGCACCAGCCAGGUCGCCCCGCCACAUGGACGGGCAUUGGGUUUGCUCGAGUACCUGAGGGUGGCACCCUGGAGUUCCGCAUCACUAACAUCCCCUAUUCUAUGGAAUAUGACCUGCUUAUCCGUUAUGAGUCACAGAUGCCUCGAGACUGGGAAGAAGUGCGUAUAACAGUGAUCCGUCCAGGGCCGAUUCCUACCAGUAGCCCCUGUGGAAACACCAUCCCAGAUGAUGACAGACUUACUGUUUCCCUGCCUGCUGGAGCCAGGUUUAUGGUCCCUCCUCAUCCUGUGUGUCUGGAGAGAGAUGUGGCUUACACCCUCCGCUUUGAGUUCAGACGCUAUCAGGAUGCCAACAGUAUCCUCAAUGGCGCGGCCAAUGCUGUCCUCCUUGUGGACUCUAUUGUGUUGAUGCCCCGCCACUCCUCCAUGGAGAUGUUCAAUGCAGGGGACCCAGCCUCUAACAACAGGAAGCAGACCUAUGAGCGAUAUCGCUGCCACGAAGGGGCAAAGAGUGUGACCCGCCCGCUGAUGAGUGACACCUGUGCUAAGCUAAUUACCAGCAUGUCGGCCAUUAUAAAUGACGGGGCUCUGCCUUGUAACUGCGAUCCUCAGGGGUCCAUCAGCUCCCUGUGUGAUGUCCGUGGGGGCCAGUGCCGCUGCAGGCCCAAUGUGAUUGGUCGACGCUGUGAUCAGUGUGCUCCUGGAACUUACGGCUUUGGACCCUCAGGCUGUGCAGCCUGUGGUUGCAGCUUGGAAGGCUCCGUGACUCGACUUUGUGACAAGUUCACUGGCCAGUGCCAAUGCCGUCCAGGAGCGUUUGGUCAGCGAUGCGACGGAUGCCAGGCGGGUCACUGGGGCUUCCCCAGUUGCCGACCCUGCCAGUGUAAUGGACACGCCGACGAGUGUGACCAGAGGACCGGAGCCUGCAUCAGCUGUAGGGACAACACCGGAGGAGACAAGUGUGAAAGGUGUGCCAAUGGUUACUAUGGUAACCCAGUGUUAGGCAUGGUGUCCGGUGGUCAGUGUCGUCCAUGCCCCUGUCCAGAUGGGCCCAACAGUGGACGUCACUUUGCUGCUUCCUGUUACCAGGACAACCGUAGCAGACAGAUUAUCUGCAACUGUAACCAGGGUUACACAGGGAUUGUUAAACGCUCCGGGGUGACCAUUUUUAAGCGUGCUCGAUGUGAGGAAUGUGCCCCGGGUUAUUACGGCAACCCCUCUCAGCCCGGAGGCCGCUGCCAGCCGUGCCAGUGCAACAACAACAUAGACAUGUCAGACAUCGGCUCUUGUGACCGGCAAACCGGAGAGUGCAGGAAAUGCCUUUACAAUACAGAGGGCCUCAACUGUGGCAUCUGCAGGAGUGGAUAUUUUGGAGAUGCUUCCCGACGCAACUGCAGAAAGUGCACAUGCAACUUCCUGGGUACUGAUCGCAGCCAGUGUAUGGAGCGUGAGGACUGUGUGUGCCAGCGUUCCACAGGGCAGUGCCAGUGUCUACCCAAUGUCAUUGGCCUGACAUGUGACCACUGCGCCCCCGACCACUGGAACCUGGCCGGUGGGAGGGGCUGUGAAGCCUGCGGCUGUGAUCCCAACAACUCAGUCACCUCCUCAUGUAAUGAGUUCACUGGGCAGUGUCAGUGUCGUGAUGGCUUCGGGGGGAAGACCUGCACAGACUGUCAGGAGAACUACUGGGGAGACCCUCAGACCCAGUGCAGAGCUUGUGACUGUGACUGGCGAGGCAUUGAGACCUCUCAGUGCAACAGGGUGACGGGCCACUGUGUCUGCCAGCAGGGGGUGUCGGGUGUCCGUUGUGACCAGUGUGCCAGAGGCUUCUCUGGCCAGUUCCCCAACUGUCAGCCCUGUCACCAGUGUUUCGGGGACUGGGAUCGCAUUGUGCAGGACCUGGCGGUGCGCACCAAGACACUGGCAGAACGUGCCCAUGAGAUUCAGACCACUGGGCUCACUGGGGCCUAUGAGAAGGCCUUCAGAGACCUGGAGGAGAAACUGGCACAAGCUCAGGGUAUUGUCAACACACGCAACGCGACGGCUACAGCCGUCGCUACCCUGAUGGAGCUUAUUGAAGAUCUUAGAGCGCAAAUUGGUGAGACAACGGACACCCUGAACCGCCUGGAAGGAGACCUAACCAUCGUCCAAGAUGGCAACUCUGAGGCAAGCAAAGAUCUGAGUGCUCUGGAGAGAGAGGCUAAAGAGCUAAACCUCACUUCAGAGCAGCUGCACCACCAACUGGAUGUCCUCAAAAACUCCAACUUCCUUGGUGCAUACGACAGCAUCCGUACCUCCUACAACAAGUCUCGUGAUGCAGAGCGGCGUGCCAAUGAAUCAACAACCACCAGGCCCAGCACAGUCAGCCAGUCCGCAGACACUCGACGCCGUACCGAACGCCUUAUCGCUGCCAAGAAGGACGACUUCAACCGUAAAAACUCUGCUAACAAGCGUGCGCUUGGAGAACUCAACACCAGAGCACAGGGCCUGGACAUGAAGAAGAUCAAUGAGAAGGUGUGUGGCGCCCCAGGUGAUGCUCCUUGUGGGGAAAGUCCUUGUGGGGGUGCAGGUUGUCGUGACGAUGAGGGGAACCGUCACUGCGGAGGCCUGAACUGUAACAGUGCUGUAUCAUUAGCUGACAAUGCCCUGGAGAGAGCCAAACAUGCAGAGAAGGAGCUGAACAAAGCUAUGGGAGAGGUGGAGGGACUCUUUACAAAGGUGGCAGAGGCCAAGAGCAAGGCAGAGGAGGCCAAGGGUAAAGCCCAGGCUGCUCUAGACAAAGCCACCGCCACCAAGAACAAAGUGGAGCGCUCCAACAAUGAUCUGAGAGACCUCAUCAAGCAGAUCAGAGAAUUUCUCACUCAGGAGGGUGCGGACCCGGACAGCAUUGAGGCCGUGGCGAACCAUGUGCUGGCGCUCUCCAUCCCUGCCUCACCCCUACAGAUCAGACAUCUCGCUGAUGAAAUCAAGGAUCGGGUUCGUAGCCUUUCAAAUGUGGAUGCCAUCCUGGAGCAGACACAGGAUGAUGUCCGCAAGGCAGAGCAGUUGCUGCUGGAUGCCAAGAGGGCAAGGCAUCGUGCUGAGGGGGUAAAGACCACAGCUGAGACAGUGAAACAAGCAUUGGUGGAUGCUAAGACAGCCCAGACAUCAGCAGAGAAAGCCAUAGAAAGAGCCAGAGCUGACAUUGGGGACACUGAGGCCCGACUGGCACAGAUUGAGUCAGAGACAUCCAACAGCGAGAAGGACUUGAAUGAUGCCAUGGAUCGCCUAGGCACACUGGGACGGGAGAUCAGUGCCCUGAAGACCAAGCGUGCCAACAACAGCAUGGCAGCAGCCCGAGCUGAAGAGACAGCCACCAUGGCCCGAGACAAGGCAGACGAAGCCAAACAGAUUCUAGAUGGCCAGCUGACAGAUAAAUACCAUGAGGUGCAGCAGCGGGUUGACACGAAGGCCAAAGCUGUGAAGGAUGCCAAGAAAAGAGCAGAGAGCCUCAGAGAUGAAGCGAAAGAGCUACUGAGAGAUGCCCAGAACAAGCUCCGGAGACUAGCAGAGCUGGAGAAAAACUAUGAGGAGAACCAGAGAAAGCUGGAGGGGAAAGCUCGUCAGCUGGAUGGCUUGGAGGACCAGAUGAAAGCCAUCCUCAGUGACAUCAACAAACAGAUCCAGAUCUACAACACAUGCCAGUAACUCAGCAGUCUUUUUGAAAGUUAUACAAAAGGGGUUUCACACUGAAGACAACAUUAGCCCUAGGCUGAGAGUUGACACUUGGAACCUGGGGCUAAGAAGGCACUACGAAUGCUUUUAGCUUUGGGCUAAGUGCAGUGUGAGAUAUAUUUACCCACAACUGAAGUAAAGGUUGUCUGAUAUCACCUAUGUUAUUUUAAUUUAUGUACAUUGUUUUUGUUUUUAAAUUCUAAAACGAUCUGGAGAUGUAUCUGUGUUUGACUUUUUGUUUUGACCGUGAAAAAUGAAAAUUGGUUUUGAGAAAGUCAUUAAUACACAGAUGUGGCUGAAAAAUAAUUAUGCAUCGCGAAUAUAUGUAGUUUAACCAGUUAUUAAUUGUGUUAUUUACUGUUGCAUAAUCAACAGGUCAAUAUCCUUUUCUCCCUGAUUUUCUAUAAAGUCUCUGUGACUAUUGGAGGUAUAUUCUGAGCUGUGCUCAUCACAAACAUCAUCAAACUGUAUUGGACAAUGUCUUCUCUCAGGAUAAAACACCACAACUUCUGGAUGCAUAAAGUUUAACAUCAUCUGUUUAAAUUGAACUGUGGAUCAUGGUUGAGACUGUAACAGUUCUGACUUAUUCUCAAACAAGCCAAAAUACAGAGAUUUUUGAGGACUUCAGUCGAAUAAAGAAAUAAACUGAGUUCUUGCAAUGAUAGAUUAUAAAGUUAAAGAUUAUUUGAUAAAAUUUGUGCCAAUGUGGGUGCUAGAAUUAUAGUUUUGAAUGUCUGCCUUUAUACAUAUAAGACAAAAACAAAUUAUAUGACCAUUUUUAUGUGAAAAUAGAUGAACUGUUUGAUACUGCAAGUAAAUAGAAAGAACCAGCCAAAAACACUUCUGCCUGAAGUAGCCAAAGACCAAAAAUAAAUAAAUAGAGAAAUAAAUACACCUCCCAGCACCUUCAAAGGUCACAGAUUAUCUCUGAUUUCCUGGUUGUCACGGUGAAGUUUCCCUGUCCAUUCUUCUUUCUAAGAUAUAGUCUGGCACAUAUUCCUGUAAAACCACUCUUCCACACUUUGUGUUCUUGGAUGGAGUAAACAAGAUAUAUUGUGCUGAUUUAGAGGGGCUGGUCGACAGGCUUUUCAAGAUGUAGACAGAGCUGGGCUUGCUGUUUCCCCUUGUUUCCACUAUUUAUACUAAGCCAAACAAACUGUUUCCUCAAAUGAACUGAUGUUGGAGUGUAUUGAUCUCCUCAUCUAACUCUCAGAAGGAAAGCAAAUAAGUGUAAUUCCCAAAACGUUUUGCCAUGCUGUUUGCUGUGUUUGUUAUGGUUUCAGUUAUCGCUGGGAUUCAAUUUUAUGAAUGCCAGACGUGAGAUGAACAGGUUGUGACUGUCUGUUUAUCAAAUAGAAUAUAAGGUCUGCAGUAACUGAACCCUUACUGGAGUGAUAUAGUAUUCUACGGUAUGCAUAGUGUUGAAUUGUGCCUUAUAAUAUGCCAGUGUCUUGGACGUUCACUCAUGUGCUACUUUCAUGACAAUUUGUGUUUGAGGAAGCAAAAAACUAUAAGUUUGUACACAUGCUUCUCUCAGGUCACAUAUCAACUGGCAGCCAAGUGAUUUCGAUACUUACCAAAGCAAAAGUACCAAAAGGAGCAUGUGUAAAGUUUUUCUGUGUACAGUUUUGUGAAUAAAGGUUGGAUAACUUAACA